AAGCUCUAAAUAAAUACGCUGAGUUCAUAAAUAACUUGGUUUUCAUUUAUGUAUGUUUGGUACUUUUUAAUCAAAAGAAAUUCGAAGGAAAGUCGACAAGUAAUGCGGUCCGAGUGUCUUAAAUUCUAUCUUCUUCUUCACAGACACUAAAGAGUUCCUAAAGCAUGGCGUUGUUUAGUCGUAGAUUAAAUUACUUGCUUCUUCUUUUGGCUUUAAUUAGUCAAGUAAUUGAUUUUAGAUGUUAUGGAGAAGAAGCAGACGAAGCCACAGACGACGAUAACGAACCAAUUGAAGAAGAUGAUGUGUUGGUCUUAAAUAACAACAACUUUGAUGAUGUCAUUUACUCCCGAGAUACGGUUCUUGUGGAAUUUUAUGCACCAUGGUGUGGCCACUGUAAAAGACUGGCACCAGCAUACGCUGAUGCUGCCAAACAGCUGAAGACAACAGUCCCUAAAGUAUCAUUGGCCAAAGUCGAUGCCACUGUAGAAACUGAACUAGGUUCCAGAUUUGAUGUGAAUGGAUAUCCUACUUUAUUAUUCUUCAAAAAUGGAAAAUCUUUUCCCUAUGAAGGGCCAAGAGAAGCUGAUGGUAUCGUUAAAUACAUGUUGGAACGAGCUGCACCAAGCUGGAAACCUCCACCAGAGGCUGUCGUUACUUUGACUGACAGCAAUUUUACAGAUUUUGUGGAAAAGCAUGAACUUUCUCUUGUGGAAUUUUAUGCACCAUGGUGUGGCCACUGUAAGCGUCUGGCUCCCGAAUAUGAAAAAGCUGCUCAGAAACUUGCUGUUAACGAUCCCCCUAUACCUCUGGCAAAAAUCGAUGCUACUAUUGCAACAACUACAGCAAUGAAAUAUGAAGUCUCUGGUUACCCAACUCUGAAGAUUUUCCGUGCAGGCAAACAAUUUGAAUACAAAGGACCAAGAGAAGACUAUGGUAUUGUGAACUACAUGGUUUCCCAACAAGGUGGUGCUUCUAAACUUCAGACUUCUGCCAAGGAACUCCAGAAAUACAUGAAAGAAGAUGAUAUUACCAUUGUUGGCUUUUUUAACAGUUUAGAUGCACCUUUGAUGUCUUCUUAUUUAGAUGCAGCAAAUGAAGUCCGAGAUGACUAUAAGUUUGCUCAUGUCCUCAAUAAAGAUGUCACCAAAUCUUAUGGUCUGAUUGCAAACUCUAUAGUUGUCUUUGUCCCAGAAAGAUUCCAGACAGAAUAUGAACCAAAGAAACAUGUUUUAGACAAGGAUGAUGCAGUGAGGUCAGACAUUUUGAAUUUUAUUGAGAAAAACCAGUUCCCUCUCGUUGGCCAUUACAACUUCAACAAUGAGAAGAAGUACAAUACAAAAUAUCCACUUUGUCUUGUGUUCUACACUGUCGACUGGAGUUUUGACUAUAGAAAAGCAACCCAGAUCUGGCGGAAGAAGAUUGCCAAAAUUGUCCGAAACUACAAAAGCAUCACUUUUGCUGUUGCCAAUGAAGAUGACCAUUCUAAUUUAAUGAAAGAUUUUGGAUUUGAAGAUUCUGGUGAAGAUAUGAACAUUGGAAUAAUGACAGAAGAAAAACGUUAUGCCAUGGAACCAAUGGAUGAAUUUGACUCGUCUCAUAUUGAAUCGUUUUUAGACGACUUUGUUAGCGGUAAUCUAAAACCACACAUCAAAUCGCAGCCAAUUCCCAAGAAAGACAAAGGUCCAGUUGUCACAGUUGUGGCCAACAACUUUAAUUCUGUGGUUCUUGACAAGUCGAAAGAUGUCCUUAUUGAAUUUUAUGCCCCAUGGUGUGGUCAUUGUCAGAAAUUGGAACCUAUAUACAAAAAACUUGCCAAAUCACUGCAGAAAAAUAAAAAUCUUGUUAUUGCCAAGAUGGAUGCAACAGCUAAUGAUGUGCCUUCUAAUUUCAAAACAGAAGGUUUUCCAACUAUUUAUUUUGUUCCCACCAAUAAUAAGGAAAACCCUGUAAAAUUUACUGGCGGCAGAGAGUUGAAAGAUUUUGUUAAAUUCCUUGAAGAACAUAGCACCGUCUCACUAAACACUAAACAUAUUGAAUUGUAAGAUUGAAAAAUGAAAUUUCAAAAUUCUUCCUAAUUUUUAUUAUGAUUAUUAUUAUUAUUAUUAUUAUUAUGAUUAUUAUUAUGAUUAUUAUUAUGAUUAUUAUUAUGAUUAUUAUUAUGAUUAUUAUUAUUAUGAUUAUUAUUAUUAUUAUUAUUAUUAUUAUUAUUAUUAUGAUUAUUAUGAUUAUUAUUAUUAUGAUUAUUAUGAUUAUUAUUAUUAUUAUUAUUAUUAUCAUCAUCAUCAUUAUUAAGGCAGCGAGCUGGCAGAAUCGUUAGCACUCUGGGCAAAAUGCUUAGCGGUAUUUUGUCUGUCUUUAUGUUCUAAGUUCAAAUUCUGCCGAGGUCGACUUUACCUUUCAUCCUUUCGGGGUCGAUAAAUUAAGUACCAGUUGCAUGCUGGGGUCGAUCUGACUGGCCACUCCCCCAAAAUUUCAGGCCUUGUGCCUAGAGUAGAAAGGAUUAUUAUUAUUAUGAUAAAGAUCUUGUGAUUGUUGUGUGUCUCAACAAAUGUCUUCAACCUACAAUUUUCUAUUCUUCCAUUUGCAAAUUCAUUCAACUUGAAGAAUAUUUUGAGUAAAAAUUUUUCACUUUUGCUUUCCUCUCAAAAACAUUUUCAUCUGUAAUAUUUUUUUUUAUAAAAAAAUAAAAAAGUUCAAUUCUAAUGGAGAAUUCGUUCCUGGAUUCCAGACCAUUCUCAAUCUGUCUUUGGGUUCAAUUCUCUGCAUUCCCAUUCGUGUUCUUGCAUGUGUGAUGCAUCUGUCUACUGAAGCAACUACUGACAAAUGUAGUAUCAGCUGUAGUAUUAAUAGUAGUAACAAUAGGAGUUAUAGUUGUAAUACUCACAACUCCAAAUGUGCUCACUUCAGGCUCCUGGUAACCUCCUCCUCCAAAAUCCAACUGCUUCGUUGAUCUCUUCACAAAAGAUGUUGUACAUGCCUCUCGUGGCGUAUCAUAAACUUCAGUUUUUUUUUUUGUUUGUUUUUGGUAAAAGUAACUGGUUUGUUCUCUCUCUCUUGUGGAAUUUUCAUUAUGAAAAAUUUAAUCAAUGCUGAUUGAUCCUGAUAGGAUUUUAGGUUAAUUAAAUUACUUCAUUUGUAGUUACUGUUUAAAGGAGCUUAUUGUUAUUUCUCAGCUCCAUGGUGAGGUGGGGGUGGAGACUAAACAGUCAUAGUGUUGGGUAAGCGGUGGGUGUCAAUUAGUGUGCGGUGGGGGGGGAUGCACUCAUGUUAGGUAACGAAGGUGGUGGCUAUAGUAUGAGGCUGUGUUAAGCCACCAUUCCAGCGUUAGGUGACAAAGAGGGACCAAACAAUGGCAGUGUUAGCUAUAAUAAAGUUUGUGUAUAAAAUGCAAAGAAAUGAUAUCCUAAUUAUUAAUUUUGUAUGGGGUCCAACAAAACUUAUGUAAAUAAAAAUCUUUUUGACAACA